AACUUAAUAUCCUAAAAAAAAAAAAAGUUUGCAACACUAUUUUCGCAUCAGUAACAACAACUCAAUAAUCUAGAAUUACACUUAAAAUCACAAAAAAAACAAAAGUGAACUAGCAUAAUGUUAUUUAAACGUUUGCAAAUGCUGCGUCAGGCAAAAGUGUUUAAAUCAAUUCAUUUAAAGAGAAAUUUGAAUAAAAAUAUAAUUGAAAAGAUUGAACUUAAAAGAGCGUUGCCAAGAGUCCAUGACAUAACCUGUAAACUGGGCAAAAAUUAUGAGAAGAACAAAAGUGUUUUUAUAUCGAAGCUAAAAUCAACUGCUGCUACUAUUAAUAAUACUAUCCCAAUAUUAAAUAAACAUGAUAGUGAUGCGAACAGUUUGUCAUGCCGGGAUGCAAAAUACCAUAGUAAAGAACAGUUUAUGGAUAAUUUAAGUUUCCAUGGCAUAAUCCAUACCUAUAAACUGGGCAAAAAUAAUGAAAUAAACGGAAAUUGUUCUGUCCGGAACUCACCACCAAAAUACCAUAGCCAAUUAUUGACGACAGCUGAUGGAAGUUUCUAUGACGUAAUCUGUAAAGCCGGCAAAAAUGAUAAGGCAAACAAAAAUUUUGUUAUAUCCAAGGUAACGCCAAGAGAUGCUGGUAUCCCAGUAUUAAAUAAACGGGAUACUGAAGUGAGUAGAUUGUACUACUGCAAUGCGGAAUGCCAUAGUCAAGUACCGAUUAUGAAUGAUCAAGGCGUCCAUGGGAAAAUCCGUAAACGAGCUACAAAUUAUGAAAAAACCGAAAAUUUGCCUAUAUCCCAGCUAACACCAACAGCUGCUACUAUUCCAGCACUAAAUAAACGAGAUAGUCGUGUGCACACAGGGUCAGGCGGGAAUGCAAAAUUCAAUAGUCAAUUUAUCGGGGCUUUAGGUUUGACUUAUGUCCACACGGAUGGUGCUGGUGAAAUGACGGAAAAAACUAUGGUUAAUUUAGCGGAUAUACCAGCGCCUCCGGUAGUUCCGCCAAGUGCUGAAGAGACUGCAACACAGGUUGUAAAUGCUCUCGGAGAGCCAACAUUUGCUUCGAUCGGCUUAGGAGGCUGGUCGCCGGUUGGAUUGGUUGAAAAUUGUAUGGAGUUUUUACAUGUAACUUGGGAUUUGCCUUGGUGGGCAGCUAUAGCCUUAGGAACGGCGGUCGUACGUACAUUAAUAUUUCCUCUAGUAAUCUUGGCUCAACGAAAUGCGGCCAAAAUGAGCAAUUAUAUGCCACAAUUACAAGCGUUGCAACUGAAAAUGACUGAAGCUCGGCAGACGGGUAAUGCUAUCGACUCCGCGCGUUAUGCUCAAGAAAUGAUGGUAUUUAUGAAAGAGAAGGACGUCAACCCAUUAAAGAACAUGAUUGUGCCUCUUGCUCAAGCGCCGCUAUUCAUAUCAUUUUUCAUGGGCUUAAGAACAAUGGCUAAUACACCGGUUGAGUCAAUGCGAAAUGGUGGACUCUUUUGGUUUACGGAUUUAACUAUAGCCGAUCCCACUUUCUUGCUGCCCAUUAUUACAAGUGCCACGUUAUACUUGACGAUAGAAAUUGGUACGGACAGUGCUCGUUUGUCGGCACAGAAUAUGGGAACAAUGAAAUAUAUCUUGCGAGCGUUGCCAAUUGUUAUAUUUCCGUUCACCAUGAAUUUUCCAGCGGCAAUUUUGACGUAUUGGGCUUGUAGUAAUUUCAUAUCAUUGGGUCAAGUGGCUGUUCUAAAAAUUCCUUCUGUGCGCGAAUUUUUUAAGAUUGACAAAAUGGUGGUCCAUGCACCCGAGGCCUUGCCCAUGAAAAAGAAAAAGUUUGUCGAGGGCAUGAAAGACUCUUGGCAAAACAUGAAAAUUGCUAAGGAGAUUGAAGAACGUCAGCGCAUGGAUGAGAUACGCUUCUCGCAGGCCGGUAGAGGUCCUCUUGUCAAAACAUACAAGUAUGACCCCACCAAGCAGAGGACAGAAGUUUCUGCGAUGCAAGCCAAAAAGAAAACUUAGUUUUUUUGCAAUUAAGGAUAUAGCGUCUAUUGUAUUUUUAUCUUUUAUU